AUGCACUUCACAGGCUCCUCCCUGUCUCCUUGCUUUGACUUUCCCACCUCCUGCAGGCUGUCAUCCUCUGUUGGUAUUUGCAUAUUGCAAGGGAAUAAAACCUCAGUUCUCUCAGGAGUGAACCAGAGUGUUAUGGGAACUGAGCACUCAAAGAGCAAGGAGCGAAGGAGCAUGGUUUUCCUUAGGAAAGGCCCAAAGCUGCCUGCAUGGGAAGAUGCCCUUCUGGCAGGAAGAGAGCCCAAGUCUCUGCUGAAACGGGGAUUGCGUUAUGUCAGCUUGAGCCUGAUAAUGAAAGGGAUGACCAGCACACCUGACUUUUUGUGGGGACUGCAUGAGGUGCAGAAGCUGAACCUUUCACGCAACCAGCUGGUGGUGAUUCCUCCUUCACUGGGGAAGCUGGACAGGCUGGUAGUCCUGAACUUGGGCGGCAACUGCCUCAAGUGCCUACCUAAGGAGAUUGGGCUGCUGAGGAACCUGAAGGUCUUGUUCGUCAAUAUGAAUUGCCUGAAAGAAGUGCCAGCAGAGCUCAGCUUGUGCAGGAAGCUGGAGGUUCUGAGCCUCUCGCACAACUGCAUCUCACAACUGCCUUUGAGCUUCACUGACCUGACGAGUUUGAGGAAACUGAACCUCAGUAACAAUCGCUUUGUGCAAAUUCCCCUCUGCAUUUUUGCCCUGAGAAGCUUAGACUUCUUGCACCUAGGGUCCAACAAGCUGGAAAACAUCGCAGAGAGCAUCCAGUAUCUGGUCAAUCUGCAAAUCUUGAUUGUGGAAAAUAACAACAUACGCAGUCUGCCGCGGUCUCUGUGCCACAUCAGCACUCUGGAGCUCCUGAACGCCGAUUACAACGCCAUACAGACCCUGCCAGAUGAGCUGUACCUGCUGCGCCGCCUGCGCCGCAUUGCCUGGAACCCCAUGGACAAAGGCCUCCACAUCGCCCACAACCCCUUGGCCCGGCCCCUGCCUGAGGUUGUCGAGGGGGGGCUGGAUGUCCUCUUCAACUACCUCAGGGACAAAAAGGAGCACAACUGAGCUUCCGCUGAGCUUGUCAUUAAGCUGUCAUCGGGACUCAAUUGCAUCGGAGAGCUUUCCUGCACAGGCAUCUCCACUUCAUAGUGCUCGGAUUUUGAAGGCUACGGGUGGCUUUAGUAACAGUUGGAGGAAAGCAAGUAAAGUAUGAUGGUCUUGAUUAAGUGUGGGAAGAGCAAACUUUCUAAAAAUAGCCACCUCUGUAACCUUCACCGUUGUGGUACUUGGGGGUUUUUAUUGAAAAAAAAUACAAUUCAGUUGUGAUAAAAUGUUUGCUCUUCAUUUGACAGAAACAAAUUAAAGCAGACUGCCAGACAUGCAGAAAUGUAUAUUUGACAGCUAUUAGGCUGAAGAAAUAUUAAUAUAAUUUAGACUUU